GUUCGCGCCUCGUUCUUGGGCCUCGUGUCUGUAGCGCUACCGCUUGUGCCGCUCGUCGAACAUCCGCAAACGCGCCAUGCGAGAGUCUGAUUUUUAUCGCUGUAAGUAUGGCAUACGUGGUAUAGGUACAACAACGCAGUACCCAUAACCGUGCAGCAAACGGACCUAGUACCGCCUAGCCGGACGACACCCGAGUUGUACGCGGCCGCCGACGGCACCGAGUUAUCAGCGGUCGUCGAGUUUGUGCAGCGUAAAAGUACCGCAGUGGCCGACAGUACGGCGAAGAUGCUCGGUGAACAAGACCGGUACAAGCCGGUGACGGAACAGGAUCAAGAAUACGCGUCUGAGAACACCAAACGGUUCACGGUGGACUCUUUGUUGCAGAUCCGGAACACGGUCAUCGACAGGCAACACUACGACGAAUCAAGUUCAGAACCGGAUAACCAGCGAAAAGGUAAACCAAGAAGAAAUAGAACUACAUUUACUAGUUGUCAGUUAAAAGCGUUAGAAAAAGUAUUUGAACGGACACACUACCCAGACGCAUUUGUCCGCGAAGAACUAGCCAGAAGUGUAUGUCUUUCUGAAGCGAGAGUUCAAGUGUGGUUUCAAAACCGACGGGCGAAAUUCAGGCGAAACGAGAGGAGCUCAAUGUCGAGGACAAGUGACACCGUGACGAUGGUGCAAAAUAGAUCUCUCAAUAUCGAACAACCGCUUCUACCCAGGUCGACUUCAAACAUUCAUACAGAGUCGUUUACAAGCUCUGGUUUUGGCGGACUUUUAGAAUAUUCAGGAUGGAAGCCCAACGGUCUGUCCCAAUGCGGCAUGUUCCAACAUUCUGCCAACACGCAUAACUAUCCGACUUUUCUACCCGUCAAUGGUCCGCAUGUCAAUCAUUCAAUGUCGGCCAUGUCGGUUUCGAACUGCUUAGUACCAAAUUCGAAUUACUUGGUCUCAACGAAUUUGACCAACAUCAGAAUUCGCCCGCAGGAUUAUUACAUAGACUCGCACAUGUAGAUGCACACCAUGCAAAUUGUAUUUGUAAUUUUAUAUCAAUAGAAUAUUGCACAAAUCACAAUUGUGGUGGUACUUUCAAGUUUCGACCGUACGUACAAAUAGCAAACCAAUAAAUAUAGUACCAAGUUUAUAUAGCGUAUGCAGAUGCUGUAAACAUUAAUAUUAUUGUAUAUUGUGCCAAUAUAAAUACACUACCUAUGCUAAUUCACAUAGGCCUCUGCCGAGAAGGUAAGGGGUGAGCAAUCUCUAACCUCUCCCGUUAGGGAAUUUAAAAAUGCCUACGAGAACUAAACUAACGAUUUUAUAUAAUAACAGCAAUUUUUGUGUUACUAGAGUUUAAAUAUAAUUUUGUCAAUCAUGUGUUUGACCGCUAUUUUUGUAAAUUACCUACCAGACGGACGUUUAUGUGAUUUAUUAUUGAAAUAUUUACUUGUGAAAAAUGUGUCCGUUUUACCAUUUAUUUACUUGUAAUAGUUUUUACCCGCCCACUCUCUCAAAAAUGGUAAC